UUUAACCAAUAAGAAUGCUCCGUCUACCCAGUAGGAAGCUCUAUAAAAACGAGACCCGAGCUCCAGAUAUAUGUAUGCUGUUGGGAAUUCUGUCAUGGCAGUUCUACUAGAUAACGUGUCCCUGUUCCUACUGUGGACUGUGUACAUGCACAGUGUAUCCAACGGACAAGACAUUGUCUACCAUUGGAAAUCCCUGGAUUACUCUUGGCCAAACAGCACCGUUAAACAACAAUAUAUCGCAGACAAGCAAUUCAUAGUGGAAAAUAAUGUCAUUUCUGGGAUCAAAGUCUUGGAUGGAAACGUUUAUGUGACGGUGCCAAGAUGGAAGCCAGGCGUCCCAUCAACGCUGAACAAGAUCAUUACAAAUCCAACAAAUAUAGAAGAAAGCAUUUUAGAACCAUACCCUACUUGGAGAAUGCAGACUUUGGGUGAUUGUGGUGCGCUACAGUAUGUUCAGAGCAUGGAGGUUGAUCCUAACACUGGCUAUAUGUGGAUAAUAGACGUAGGACGCAUUAACAUCCAAACGGACCAGCCGCAAAAUAUUUGUCCUGCUAAACUGAUCAUCUAUGACGUCCGAAAUGAUCGUCUCGUUCACGUGCACGAGUUCCCCGAUGCUGUUGUGUCUAGAACGUCAAAUUUCAUGAACGACAUUGUUUUGGAUUACGUCAAUGGUGUCGCCACAUUUGCAUAUAUAACAGACUCUGCAGACGCAAAGCUGAUUGUGUAUGACCAUAAUCGGGAUACGUCGUAUUAUUUCAAACAUGCAUCAAUGGAAAUAGAACCCGGCACAGAGACAAUUGUAGUCGGCGACAAUAAUGUGACAACACGAGUUACUAUUGAUGGAAUAGCCAUGAGCUCGGACUUCCAUUUCGUCUACUACUGCGCGUUGAAUGCUUACUGGCUGUACAGAGUACCGACAAAUGUACUCAGGAAUACAUCAGCCAUCUUUUAUGUGGAAACAGUUGGCCGAAAAAUUGACCUCACGGGCGGAAUGGUGUUCACUGAUACAGCUUUGUAUUACGGCGGUUUGACCACGAAUGCUGUUUAUAAGUGGUCAUUUGGUCAAGUGAAUAACCAAGAGAUGAUCCUCUCCAACAAUACUAGUCUUCGCUGGGUGGACUCGUUGGCCAUGGAUGACCAACAGAAUCUAUGGCUAGUUGCGAACGGUUUGGACUUGUUUGUGGCUGGAAGAAUGGAUUUUGCGAAAACACAUAUGUACAUUUGGAAAAUACCAAUGGGAGAAAAUGGAUACCUGUCUUCUGCAAUAACGCGCACAAAAGACGAAACUUCUUCUGUGAUAAUCGGUUAAAAACUACAGAUUUAUUUUUGUGGACAAAAUCAUAUGUCUCGCUUUACUAGUCAGUAUGCAAUUACACAAUGUUUUUCACUUAUUUGUCCUUUGACUUUGAGUACACUAUAAUUUCAUGUUUUAAAAUUACAAAGUUUUGCAUUUCUUUGACCUUUGACCUAGAGGUGAAGAUUUUAAUGUUCGUGGUCUGCGAGUGGGAUAAAACUGGAGUCAUUCUAUCAUUCAGUUCCCAUACAAUCAAGAGAAUACACGAUGAAUUUCCAUUGAUAAAUCAU